GUCGGUCUCUGCUAGAGCCACUCCGUCCGUCGGUCUACACCCACGGCGUGGACGGCAAAUUCCACGGGCAACAUGCGUGGCUGCACGCAGGGCAUUGCGCGAGAACAAGCCAAGUGACACAGCGUUUCGGUGCUGUAUGCCAUGUAUCUAUGUGGCUUGGGGUGGUUCGUCAAAUUGACUACGACACUGUUUCUCUUCCACGCCAGAGGGCUUGUAACGGCGAGGACCACCAUGUUUACCAACUGGACUCACCAGAUGUUGGGAGACCGGAGCUACGCGCAAGUCAUACUGUUACUCGUAACAUCUUUAGUACUUUUUAUUGGCGUUUCCCUGACCCGAUCACGCGAACGAUUGUCACGAUCAGGAAUAUUCGAUGCCAAUGGCGAGCCCAUAUUCGAACUGACAAAGGACGCGCGAGUGGACAAAUUCAUUUACCCCUCUGCUCUUUCUCAGCAAGGCCGAGACCAUGCAGGGGACAAACCAUUUCUCAUCCGGAAUGGAAAGCGCAGAGAACUGGUCAUCACACGACCGGACCAUAUACGAGAUUUCUAUCGAGGGGACACCAGUGCGCAUCCGAAACCAGUCAACUUGAACAUGGGACAAUACUUUGGCCAAAUCUUAGGUGAUGCCGUAGGCGCAAAGGACGGAGAGCGAUGGAAAGUCGUGCGAAAGUACUUCGAUCCCUUCUUCUCCUUCCAGGCGAGCCGUCAGGUAUUACAAAGCCUUCAUACCGGUGUUGCAGAAUGGUGUGAGGAGCUUCCCCGGCACACUGUUGCCCCUAGUCACUCGCACGAAAAAUUCCAUUGUGAUAUCAAGAAGCUCUGUCGGUUUCUGCCAUUCAGACUCAUGGCGGCAUAUCUGUAUGGGGAAGUGUUUGAUAGUAAAGCGUAUUCCGAAUUGCUUGAUCUGAAUGUCCUGCACGAGGUCAUCCUUCACGACGUUAUCCUCUCUACCAAGCUGGCAUCGAAAUGGGGCUGGCUUGACACUGCCGCUCGCAGGCGUGCUCAAGAGUACAACCGUCGCUGGGAGACGUUCAAUAUGCACAUGAUUCAUCGAGCGAGAGUUGCAAAUCUUGGCAGUCCAGCAGAGCAAAUUUACCACGGAACAGAAUCCACACCCGCGAUGAAGAAGACAGAGUUUCUCCACACUAUGGACGAGAUCUUGUUCGCCAAUAUAGAUGUCAGUGCGGCGGUCCUGCACACUAUGCUCCAGAGACUGGCAUCGAACACUUCCAUUCAGGAGGCACUUCGUCACGAGAUACGCUCACAAGCGCUAGACUCCGAGGACGGGGCCGUGAUAGAUUACAUCGCUGGCCAGAGCUCUCUCUUACAUCGUGUAGUAAUGGAAAGCAUGCGGUUCAGUCCUGCCUUUGCCUUCUCCUUACCCGAAUGUACUGCUGUCCCGAAAGUAAUCGGAGGCUUCCGCGUGCCAGCCCACACGUCAGUCAUCAUUGACGCAGGCCGAUUAAACUCGGAUACGAAGACUUGGGGCCCGUCAGCGGAUGAAUUCCAACCUCAGCGAUUCGAGACCAUUUCCCCGCUCAAGUGUCGCUAUGAAAUGAUGCGAUUUGGAGUGGGCGCCAACAGCGGGCGUUGCUUGGGUAAGCAUUUUGCCGAUGCAAUCUUCAAGCUGGCGGCGGUGUGUAUGGUGCAGCAGUAUGAGAUUCGGCCGGGGGAGUCUGAUGGUAUGGCGGGACAGGAGCAGUUGGAAUUGGUGCGUUUGGCUCGUAUUGGUAGAUGCAGAUUGUAGAGAGUGGGGGGAGGAGGAUAGAUUGGAGAUUACUAGCCUGAUCGUAUAGGGCGAGGAGACGCUCGAGCCUGAUUUGGUUUUUUUCAAACGAAACG